AUGGCCCGAUCAUCGAAUCCACCGAUCCUCUCUCAGAUACUAAGUGCGAGGAGCUACGUCGAGCAGACAAGUGCGCUGCGGGCGCUGAAGAACGACAUCGUCGGCCACGCGCAGAAGAAGGAGCUAUGGGCCGGGCUCGGCGUGCUGGAGCCCGUCGUCAAGAUACUCAAUACUGCUCGGUCGCCGGCCAAGGUGAACGGCAAGGACACUCGCCCCCAUGGCAAUCCGCGGUGGGUAAAUGAGGAAGAGGCAGUAAGACUACAGGCUCUCCAGCUUCUGGCCAGCUUCGCCAACGGUGGAACUGCUUUCGUCGAACCCCUUCUCGCCGCCCAAGCCGUGCCUGCGUUGCUCGCGAACAUCUGCCCGAUCUCGAAUGCUCCCUUGCUCGUUACGACGGCCCUCCGCGCUCUGCUCAACGUUAUUGAAGCCGCCUCACUUGCCACUCCGAACUCCCCGGUCUCUACAGCAGCAUUAGCCGACGCCGUCUUUGCAUCCGAGCAUAUCGAGUCUUUCAACGCGAUCUUGUCAACUACAUCCCCGGCCGCGGCGCAGCAAAAUCAGAUCGCAUUGGUAGCGAACAUAAUUAGUAAAUUAUGCCGGGAGGAGAGGCAUCAGCUCGCGUUAGCGAACUCCGACGUUCUUGACUCGCUCUCAACAAGACUGGCAAGCAUCGCCGUCGCCGAAGGACAUGUCAUUCCGUACGCUGAAGUCUUUGGGCGCGUAGAACGGUUGGCGGACUUUAUCCCGGAGCCGGCGCCCUCGACCGCGAAUCUGGCACCAAUCCUGGAAGCGCUGGCGACGAUCAUAUCAGAUUCGCGGUUCAGAGCAUGUAUGCUGCUAUGCUCUCCAGCAAUCAUGGCCGUUUUCCCUUCCCUAAAGUUCACUCCCGCAAAGGAGACUCGGGGUCCAUGGAACGCGCUUGAAGUAAGCGGUCUUGGUUUCGCACGGCAACAAAGUCUCAGCGCUAUGGACUAUCUCCUUCCUGCGAUUCCGGUGCACGUAGGCCGAACUUCGGGCUCGCAGCAGUCUCAUUUCUCUCCCGUAGGCGCCUCCGAUGCACGAGAUAAGGCUAGAAGGGCCGCGACCAAGUUCAGCUUUAGCGGUCCCGUAUGGGAAGCUUCACGGUUUGAGCUGUUCGGCAAUGAAGGAGAGCCCGAGGAGGACCAAGAGAGUCCAUUCAUUCCAUGGCUCAUUCUCUUGGUCAGGACGCGUCAGGGUCUCGAGCGGUUGAUGGCUGCCAACCUUCUGACCACGCUCUUCAGAUCUGGAUUUGGAAGUAAGCACUUCAGAGAAACGAGUCUCGCACUGCUCGUCGUUCCCGUUCUCAUGGACAUGCUGGAUCAACUGCAAGCUUCACCCCCAGUAGUGAAGUCCCCCUUGGUCGACACGGAUAGUGCGCUAAAGUGGACGAUUUUGGAGCGGACGCCAGCGAUACUUGCUCGUAUGAUAACCGACAGCGAACCGCUUCAAAAAGCUGCGUUUGACUGCGGGGCCGUCAAGUCUUUCAGCAAGCUUCUGAAGGAUGCGUACGAGCCUAUUCCGCCUUCGUCGUACGCCAAGGCAUGGUCGCCACAAGCCGAUACGGGUAUGGACACGGAAGAUCCAUCGCCCUCGUGUGCCUUGGGGCCAGAAGGACAGCCUCCGCUACUGGCUCACAAAGUAAGGAUGCGUGAAAGCGCAUUAAAGGCCAUAGGGGCAUUGGCCGCAGGCAAGGACGAGUAUCGUAAGGCGUUUGUUGACCAAGAAGUCGUCGCGCACAUUGUUCAAUCGCUCUCCCCGACCCCCGGCAAGCCGUCAAAUCCCAAGGACCGUUCCAAGAAUAAUGAGCCCGAUGGGCCUGUUCCUGAUGCGUCCUCAACGGACCACAACUCUGGAUACGGCAGCAAUCCCUUAUCAGUGCUGAUUGCGGGCUGCCAUGCCAUAAGAAUGCUGUCGCGGUCCGUAAGCAUCCUGAGAACUUCCUUGGUUGAUUACGCCGUUGCCGUCCCCCUGUUUCGGUUCCUGAGGCAUCCUGACGUCGAUGUCCAAAUUGCUGCGACAGCCGCGAUAUGCAAUUUGGUCACCGAAGUCAGUCCCAUGAGAGAGGUUCUCGCAGACAGGGGCGUCAUGAAGAUCCUCUGCGAGCACGCACAUUCGCUCAAUGCUGCCUUGCGACUCAACGCCCUGUGGGCCUUGAAGCACUUCGUCCACGCAGUCGAUCCCGAGACGAAGAAGCAGUGCUUGGAAGAGCUCGAGUCCGGCUGGCUGGUGCAGCUCAUCUGUGACGACACCGAAGAUGACGCACUAUUCCUGGCAAGAUCAAAGUUGGACAAGCAGAACGCAGGUGACGCUGGAGACGAUAUGGACGGCGAUGUCGAGAUGGAUCAGGCAGAUUCCUUGUCCAAGUCGUGGCUGGGUUCCACCAUGCCUUCGGACGAUGCAGAUGGCAGACGGUCAGCCAAGCUCCGCCAGACAGAAGCCAGGUUAGCAGCCCUGCGGGAGGCCGAACUGAACCCGCUCCGAAAAGCACGAAACGACGACCUCGCUAUUCAAGAACAGGGGCUGGAUUUCAUUAGGAAUCUCAUCGGAGCGACAGGGUCCGGGUCGAGCUCGGAAUCGGCAAACGAAACGACGGAGAUGAUUGACUAUCUAUUCAACGAGCUGGGGCAGGACAGAUUCUUUGACAUACUGGCUAGGAAACUGCAAGCCAAGGUUCUCAACCCCACGUCGAGGCGGGCGGUAGGUUCGGGCUCGGGACGCGAAGCCAGGAUUCUCUAUCCGCAAGCCAAGAUCAUCGAGGCUGUCGUUUUCAUUCUGGUGCACAUGGCCGCUAGCAUCCCUCGCCAUCGACAACUGGUUAUUGCGCAGACGGACCUUUUGAAGCUCCUCGCGAAUCACUUCAACAGCAAGGACAAGGAGGUCCGGGUGGCGCUCUGCCAUUUAAUUAGCAACUUGACGUGGCAGGAUGACGAGAACGACAUGCGCGCCUGCGCCCAGCGGGCAUACGAGCUGAAGAAGCUGGGUUUCCUUACAAAACUCGAGGGGUUAGAGGACGACUGCGAACUAGACGUGAGAGAGAGGGCUAAGAGCGCGGUCUGGCAGAUGAAGCAGGCUAGCAGUUACUAG